UUUUCUUUCGGCGGUUUCAUCUAAUUCGAAGAUGGAGGAUGCUGGAAAUAAGGAGCUGAGCAGCACAAGAGAGCCAAGAGAAGACUGCCUGAUGUCUAGUCAACCGAGCACAUCCUUUGCAAAGCCCCCUGCAAAGAAAAAAAGAGCAAACAAGACAGCAAAAGAGGACGAUUGUAAAUCAAACAAGAAAGCAGGAGAUGCUGAGACUCCAAAACCCACUCCUAGGAAAAUACCAGUUCCUCCUCUACCGGAUUAUCUGCCCCCAGUGAACCUGAUUCACCGAGACAUUUUGCGGGAAUGGUGCAAGAAGCAGAAGCUGAGCAGCAAAGGACAGAAAUUAGAGACUUACAAACGACUCCUUGCAAGUUCUUACCCCAAACAAAUGAACAUUCCUGACACACCGAGAGAGGCCAGGGUGAAGAUACGUCGGAAAAAAUUGAAGACGGAGACGGAGGAGGGACAAGAGUCUUGUGCUCAGGUGAUAGUUCCUCUUGAAGUGGUCCCUGUACCCGAGGAGCAGAUGCCCGCCCUUACUGAACCCCCUGUCCUCUAUGAAGAGGUCAGCACGACCGUUGUGACCACAGCCGCCUCUGAGGCAGUGUUGGCGUCUUGGUCCAGGAUUGCAGCCAAUGCUAACAAGAAUGAGACCCUGCAGUCCAUUACAACACCCGAGACAUAUGGGGAUCUGUGGUGUGUGGUCCAUGGGAGAAGCCUGCCAGCAGACUCAAGAGGUUGGGUUCGGCUUCAGUUCCACGCUGGACAAGCCUGGGUACCUGAGAAGAAAGGGAAAGUGAUUGCCCUCUUCUUGCUGCCAGCCUGCACAUUUCCGCCCCCACACCUGGAGGAUAACAUGCUGUGCCCCACGUGUGUUCACAAGAACAGGAUCCUCAAUAAGAGCCUUCAAGGAUAAAGGGAAUCUCGGGUGUGGGCUAGCUGCUGUC